UCCUGCACCGGAAGCGACUGUUCUAUGUUUUCAUACAGAGUUUACUCAUUCUACAUUAUUUUCAUUUAUACACAUGAUUUUGAAGGUGAAUUAUUCCCUUUAAUAUCUCCGAACUUAAUUACGAAGUAUUUUUGUAGACAUAUUUAACGUCCGUCGUGGUAAAAAGGCGUCAUUUCAGCGUGAGAGUUAAAUAUGCAUAUAUAAACUAAGAUUACAUAGAGUUGAAUUGAAUUAUUGAGUGUAAAAAUGAGUUUGGCGAACUUUAGAGAGCAGCGCAGCACUGCGGGGAACCGCAUGUCUAAACUACUGGAUGCCGAAGAAGAAGAUGAGUUCUACAAAACAACAUAUGGAGGAUUCAAUGAUGAGUCUGGUGAUGACGAGUACAGAGGCGAUCACUCAGACACUGAAGAUGAGGUGGACAGUGAUUUUGACAUCGAUGAAGGAGAUGAACCCGACAGUGACCAGGAAGACGACGCUCCACGAAGAAAGAGCCGUGUCGUCACUAAAGCGUACAAGGAACCUCUGAAGGUCUCUAAGCCCAAAGUCAAGCGAGUGUCUGAAGAACUGAAAACUGAACGACCCAAAACUGAGAGACGCGUCAUUCAAGAGCUGCAGGAGUUUGUAGAGAUCCGUAAAUCAGUUCGUAGGUCCACGAGUGAACACACACGUAAGACAAACGAACGUCUGCAGCGGAAGCUGGAGGCGCCGCGGAAGAGGAAAGGUGCUCUAAACAAACUUGUGCUGACGCAAGACGAGCUGCUCGCUGAAGCCAAACUCACCGCAGAGAUUAACAUACAAUCACUGGAGAACUACGAGCGUUUAGAAGCGGAUAAGAAGAAGCACGUACAUAAGAAGAGACGGUUUGAAGGUCCAACAAUUCGUUAUCACUCAGUUUUGAUGCCUCUACUGCCAGAUUCACACAUGAAAGAAGAGAACGUGGAUGUGGAGGGGCUGGAUCAGGACACGCCCCAACCCACGCCCACUUCUUCUUCCUCUGUGCAGGGGGCGGGGUCUCUGUGCUCUCGCACUUACAUCACGUUCAGCGAUGAUGAUGCGUUUAACUCCGCCUUCCCCCUGUCAGCACGCUCCAGCCCACCCUGCCCUGUUCAGGAAGUGUGUCCCGUUACCCACAAACCCGCGUUAUACCGCGACCCUGUCACGGACAUCCCAUACGCAAACGCUCGAGCGUUCCGCAUCAUCCGUGAGGCAUACCAGAAAUACAUCGCGGUGCACGGUUUCCCCAACACUUCCAAAAACAUCGGCACAAACAACGACAGUGAUUCAUCCGCCAAGAGCUCUCGGCCGAAAGCCGUCGUCAAACAGGGCGUGGUCACCACCUAGACACAAUAAAAUGUUGUUAAAAUGUGCAGGUGAUAUUGAGUGACAGAUGAAUGUUAGAGUGGUUUUGAAUGUGUUUAAAUGCACAUCGCUCAGGUUUGAAAGCGAGGUUGUGUAACAAGUAAAGCAGGAACAUUUACAGCAGCUGCACUGCAAAAAUACAUGAAUCUUAAUCAGUGUUUUUGUCUUGUUUACCUGUAAAAAAUAUCUAAGCAUCCUUUAAACAAGAUUGCUUAACAGUUGCAUUACAUAUAUUAAAACUUGGUUAAUAACAGCAUUUAUUAAGGUUUAUGCUUAAUACAAGAUAAAAAUAUUUGGCAUGUUUUGAAGAUUUUAUUGGAAAAAAAGUAAAAAAAAAAAUACUGAUUAAGAAAAUGUUUGGACUGAAUGGACACUGUCAUGUCAGUAUGAUACAGGCAGCUGUAAUAUUUAGCUGAAGCACAUUUAUUUGCAACCGUUAUUCAAAGCUUCAUGAAUCAAAUGAGUCUGAACGGGUCAGAAACACACGUCUGUACAUGAUGGAGCACAGAACUGUGUUUGUAAUAAAUUUGUACUUUUAUAUUAUUAUUAUCUACAGACUGUAAGACUUCACCAGCACUGGCUCUGUUUCACUUUCUGAUUUCUUACCUUUUACUGUGGUUUAUAGGGGUUUCCAUCCAGAAUGGCAAUAAAACUAAAACAAAAUCAAAAUAGUUUUUAUCUUUGACUUUUUUUCCUCCCAAGAUAUAUUUUCAAAUCCAAAUGUAUCUUGAGCAACACAAAAUAGGUAUCAUUUGAAAGCUUAGAAGCUCUACUUUCCAGUGCAUGUAGACAUUAUGACCAAAACUGAACAAGUGCUUUGAAAUUUGCAGAUAAAUCAGAAGUGUUACAUUUUGAUAAUUUAUAAAAGAAAUUGCACUGUACAUAUUAUUGUAAUAAGUAAAAACAUCAGACUCAUCAAAUAACCAUGUGUCAUAUGUUGUUGGAAAGAUCUCAAAGAGUAGAAUACAACCAGCUCAUUUGUUUUACUUACAGACAAAAAAUAUAGCGAGUAAUAGCUAAGUAUAUGUCUUUGACAAUUAUGUUUCAUGUGAACAGUUGUUGCUCAUAUGACGCAUUUUCGCUUAUAAAUUCACGGAAAGUAAACGGAACAUAAAAUAUCACAUACUGUUACUUAAAGGAGGUGAUUAUCUUUCAUACGAGCCCAUGCACAAGAUAAUCAGAUGCAAAGAUCAUUAGAUAAUUGAUGCUAUCUGGCAUCUUGCAAUUUGGCUGAAAACACAUUAGCUUUCCUGGAUCAGAUGACGUCAUCGGAAAUUAUGUAGAGUCAUGAAACACUAAACCAGUCAGACUGGGUUCAGAUCGGUGCAAAAAUCAUCCAUAUUUGGGCUGAAAGACAUGUGAUUUGUGACUGUUACAUAUGGCUACCAGGAGAUGGCGCCAAAUACAUGACACAGACUCAAUGAUGACUCAAAUGACACAGAAUGAAACUCAUUCUGUGAAAUCUCAUUACUAAAAUCAUGUCUGCAUGCUAUGCAAACCUUUAGUCAUUGUUGUGUUUGCAUGUGUAAUUAGUUCUUAUGUACAAUUAUUAUGUUUUAUUUGUUUAGAGAUGUUUUUGGACUCUAUGGAAUUAUAUUUGUAAUGCUAUAACUUUUGAUUGUUUUGUCAUAUCUACACAAAAUGUUUCUCAUAUGCAGUUGGCAUGAUUGGGAACAAAACAAAAGCAGUUUUUUGGAGCCACCUUAUUUAGACCCAGAGAUAUAUAAUGUCAAAUAAGAAAAAUAAGUAGCUCAAGUUUU